ACGAUUCACGACGACUGCCACUGCCACAGCACCACCCGCUGUAGUCGCCUUCCGAGUAACGGUUUAGUGCGUACUGUCAAUCGACAAUCAGUAUUUAUGGUUGUACGAACUGUUCUUAUUCCACAUUCACUGCUUAACUCCACCGCCGUCCGCCGCUAGUCAAAAACACGUCAGUGUGCCUGUGCCAUUGUACGUCGACUAUACUCGAUUGCUCCUCGCCGCUAUCUUACGCGUCAGUUAUUGCCACGUAUUCACGUUCUUUUUUAGUUUUUUCAAUCACCAGUCGUACGAAACGUGCAAAAUGGCACCCAAACAGAGGAUGAGGAUCGCUAACGAAAAAGCCAGCAAAAACAUCACGCAGCGGGGCAACGUACCAAAAUCGACGAAAUCUGAAAAAAACAAAACACCUGUUAGUCCGUGGCUGUUGGCGCUAUUUUUAUUUGUCGUUUGCGGAUCUGUUAUAUUUCAACUUAUACAAAGCAUAAGGAGUGCAUAAAUACCAAUUGUCUAUGUUACUACAUUUAAUAUUUUCAUCAACAUUCUUGUAUCUCAAAAUGUUAUUCCCAUCAAUGUAUUUUUUUUCUAAAUGUGUUAUUUUUUCUGGUAAAUAAUUAUUUUCUUUAUUAUAAUUUUAUUCUUAUAUAUUA